AUGCCGCUGGCCGGGGAAAAGACGCGGCCGCUUGCAUUGCCGACGGCAUGUGACGGGAUGAGGCCCGCGAUAUCUCCGUUUACGGAGGAGGUGCGUACGAUGUCAUCGGAUCUGGAGCCCCUCAUGAAGAUGCGGGAGGGCUGCACAGUAGUAACCCGUGACGACGGCCAGACCAUGUCAGAAUGGCUCGUCGCACACACUGCGCCGCAAGCAAGCCGGGUGUCUGGCCACGGCGUGGUUCUGCAUCGUUGA